AUGGAAGAUUUAUCUAAACAAGCCUAUUGGGAUGAACGUUUUCUAACAGAAGAUUCCUUCGAAUGGUUUGGUGAUUGUUCACGUUUAUAUCCUGUAUUGGAUCAACAUUUCAAAUCAUCUCCUUCUCGUGUUCUACUUCAUCUCGGUUGUGGAUCAUCUUCAUUAGCCGAAGAAAUGUGUAAUCGACACUAUUGCCAUUUAGUUUAUAAUGUUGAUUAUUCAUUCGGCAUCCUCGACAAACGUCGAUCGAUAAAAACAAACCAACAUGUAAUUGAUUGGAUUGCGUUAGAUAUUCGUGCAAUGCCAUUACGUUCCAAUUAUUUCGACACAAUUAUCGAAAAAGGUACGUUGGAUGUGUUUUUCGUUGGUCAUGAACAUCAUCUGUGGAAUCCGCCGGAAGAAUUAAAAGAAAAAAUUGAUCUGAUUUUAACACAGAUUAGUCAAUGUUUACAAUCGAAUCAUGGCCGAUUUAUUUCCAUAUCUUUUCAACAGCCACAUUUUCGUCGACCUUUCUUAGCUAAACGAAAAUAUCAAUGGUCGAUUCAAGUGCAUUCUGUCACUGAUGGAAAUGAAUCCGUUGAAUAUUUCGUUUAUGUAAUGAGAAAGGGCGAACAACUGAAUGAAGAAGAUCAACUACUGGAGGAAGGCAAAUCGACAAAAUGGUAUUGGAUUAACAAAACAUCGAGUUCGACGGCUACAGCGAAGUGCUUUCUAAAGGAGAAUGAUGAACAAUAUCUUUUCAAUAUUGAUCCUAUUGACAAUGACUAA